AUGGCCUCAUCCACCUCUUGCGCAUCGAAGACAACACAAAUCUCAUCUACCAACGCCGCCAGGAUCGUACGCUGUCCCACGGAAACUAUCGAGCGGCUGCGACACCUGAAUGAAGCAGAAAUCAUCACGCUCUUCACCCCAUUUGUACCUCAUCCCCCAUCGACAACACUGGCGAAGGACGUAGAUCCUUUCGAGCCUCUGGGCCGAGCCCUGCCACGACAAGUACGACACGUUCCAUACCGCUUCGACUACGGCAUGACAGAAAUGCAUGUCGACUUUCUGUCAGCCAGCGGAGCGGUAGUAAUUGUCAUCUGCGCCACUACCAACGUGAUCAACCACCAUGGACAGGCCUUUGAACGGCAACUAAAAUUCGCACUAGACACGUCGAAGAAGAUAGUACACAACAAUACUAUAGCCAAUAUUCCGACUAUCUUGCUUCUCGUUGAUGAUGACGCUACUGCCCAAGGAUAUGUCAAUGCGGUGGAUAGCUUUCCCGCUGUCGUUGCGGUCAGCGAUUAUACUACUGUGGCGCUCAUGAAUGCGGUACGCGUUCUGUUUGGCAACUGA